CCCUUCCCAGCCCCUGUCCCCGGGCAGGGAUCUGUCCCCUCCCUGCCACAGCCCAGAGGCUCGGUCUGAAGGGCUCAUCAGGGAUUUCAGGUGUGUCAGCAUGGGGCAGUGCUCAGGCACAGCGCACAGAAGAGCUCCAGCAAUAAUUCGAUUGUUGGGCGUGCUGUGGGCUCAGCUCUGUCACUGUGCUGUUCCCUGUGCAGGGCCUUGGCCGUUCCUGCCACGGGAGCUCUCGUGGGCAGAGCACUUCACCCUUUGGCUGCAGCUCAGAAGUGUCCUGGAGCUCUAAACCAGCUGCUCUGAGAACACUCUCCAGGGCUGCUCCUCGUGGCACUGGGCUGGGACAGGCACUGGAUAGAACUGUCACUUGCUGCCACCCAAGCCAUGCUCAGCCUUAUCCCAGGUCAGCUGGGACCACUGGAGGUCACCUGGGCCAGCCCCUCCUGGAGCAGGUUCCUCAGCACCACGUGCAGUAUCUCCAGGGAAGGAGACUCACAGCUGCCCUGGACCAUCCCCAUCUGGCAGAACAAGCCCCAUGGCUCAGCUCGCAGCGUGGUCAGGAUGAUCGGCUCCAACCUCCCCCUGAAGCCCUGUCCCAGGGCCACCUUCGAGGUUCUGCCAGGUGUCUCAGAUCUGUAUCUGGGCGAUGUGCCCCCCGUGCCCACCCUGGCUGACAUCGUGUGGAUCGCAGCGGACGAUGAGGAGACCUAUGCCAGGGUCAGAAGUGACACUCGCCCGCUGAAGCACAAGUGGAAGCCGAGUCCCUUCACGGUGAUCCAGAGAAACGCCUCGGUGCCCAACCUGAGGAAGCAGGAGGAGAAGCUGCUGGCCCUGAAGAAGCCUGGAUUGCCAGCCCUGAGCAGGACCACGGAGCUGCAGGAUGAGCUGAGCCACCUGCGGAGCCAGAUCGCCAAGAUCGUGGCUGCAGAGUCAGCCUCAGCCCAGCUGACCCCGGAUCUGUUAUCUCCAGGGAGCUCAAAUGCCUCCUCUCCCGUCCACUGCUUUGGGCCCUCUUUCCAGUCCACCACGUCCUUCGUGAUCAGCGACAUCACGGAGGAGGAGGCGGAGCUGGAGAGCCCCGAGGCGCCCUCGGUGGCCGAGCUGCCCCCGCUCUGCUCCGCCCCCGAGGGCCGGCCCGAGCCCCGCGACCCCGACGAGGAGGACUCCGUGUCCCUCUCCAAGGCCAGCAGCUUUGCUGACAUGAUGGGAAUUCUCAAAGACAUUCAUAGAAUGAAGCAGAGCAAAGACUUGAGCCGCCCUUCCCUGAAGCAGGAGGACCCGGCCGUGCUCAUUGCAGAGGUGCUCAGGAGGAAGUUUGCUCUCAAGGAUGAAGACCUGGCCCUGAAGGAGAAGUGAUGCUGCUGCCCUCAGCUCUGUCAGCAGUUUCUGCUCCCAAAAGCUCCUCCACAGUAGCUGCCUUCUCCCAAGGACGGAGCCUUUUGCCUCUUUUAUUAAUCAUGGUUUGUGCACGGACACUUGGUCAGGAAAUUGGAUUUGAUGUGUUUGCCAUGUGUUGUUCUAUUUAAGAAAAUCCUUUUUAAGAAGAUGGAAGCUCUUUCCCACCUGUGUUUUGGUGUUGGUGAGGAUCUCCUGGAGUGCUGCUGGAUUACCUGCACUUCCCUUAGGUCCCAGUUCAGCACUGAGCUGUAAGGACAGAACCAGUUCCCCUGCCCAGUCUGAACAGGACAAACCCCAGUUCUUUAUCUGAGUGUGGCACAGAGCUGCUGAGAGCGAGCUCCUGGCUGCUGCCAGCUCUCCAGGGCUGUGGGAUCAUGCUGGGAAAAGGGAUUUUAUUUCCCCAAACCCCCCUGGCUCGGGUCUGAGGGAUUUCCUGUGCCCUGGGUGUUCAUUCUCUCACAGAUCAGCCACAGUUGCAUGACAGAAUGGCCUUAAUUUCCUGCCAGCAAUUUACUGUCCCAUUCCAGUCCCUGUGCCCCCAGCCUGUGUUUUAUUUCACCUCCCCAGGGUCUGUUGAUUGACCUGGCACCCAUGCAAAGGGCCGAGCACCCCAGGCAGAGCAGGGCAGGAGCUUGGCCUUGGCUGUGGCUGCAGUUCCCCUCACUCAGAGCUCUCCCCAGCUCCACGCUCCCUGCAGUGCCCCCAUGGCUGUAUUUAAAAUGUGAUUUUUUUUUUUCCUUUCUAUAAAAUGGAGCCUUAAUAAGA